CAAGCCUACCUCCAUUAGCAAAUCUGCACCAAGUUCCCUCUGAGAAAUACACUUACUCAAGAAUUUAAAAUGUUCACAUCCUUAGAACUUGAGUUGAUAUCUCCAGGUAGAACUAAGAGCAUCUGAACCCAGUAAUUUUCACGGAAUUUAAACAGAAGGUUAGAGACCACCAUCAGAAGAUUUUGAAUUAUGGUCAAACCAUCAUGAUGGUCCACCAGCAUGGUGAUUCCACAGAUCUAGGGAAACGGAAGUUAGAUCCAUACCCUAUAAGAGGAGAAGAUAUCUGUCUCCACUAUUGGAGAACACAACCUUCCAAAGAAUUUAGAAGAAAAAUUGAUGUUGGAAAAGUAUUCAACACAAGGGCAAAAAAAAUAUUAUAUCUAGGAAAGAACCAUGUUCAGAAAGCAAAAACAGAAAUUAUGAUGCACCAAAUGACAAGGCUGGUACUGUGGAAUUCAUCCUCCAAAACUGUUAAAAAAAGGCACCAUUUCAGAAUACUUGCAUUUCCAUCAUACGAUCAUAGUAUUCCAUAAAACCAAACAAGCAUAAUCCUCCACAGAAUAAGAAAUUGAAUUUCCAUACACUGGCAAUGGUAUAGAGAUUGUCAAGGAUGAGAAAUGGAGGAGGAAUAAAAGAAAGAGGAAACUCUGGAAACAAUGACAGAAUCAGUGCAGCAGAUGACAAAGAAAAAACGUGCUUUUUACAGUUCCCAAUAUGAGAUAAAAAUGUGUCCAAUAGUCCAUCUCAAGCAUAUCUUUAAAGGCACUAUCUUGUCCCAGAGAAGAUGCCUGAAAUAACAACUCAUCGAUUUGUGGCAAAGCAGGAAACUGCAGCAAGACACAGGAGACAUAUAACAAUCCCAAUGUUCUGCAAACCUAGAGGGUAUGGACUGGGUGGCAUAGUUUCAUUCGCUGAUUCUCAAUAAUAAUCCACAAACAAGGCAAGCUCUAGAAGGGGCAUAUUAUAGCUCUAUGGGCUUCAUGACCAGACCUUUUGUAGGUAACUAGACACAAAGUAAAACUUUGUCUUCAUAGCCCUAAAGGCUUCACAACUAGACCUUGGUUAGGUAACUAGAUACAAAGUAAACCAAACAAGGAUUU